CAACUGCAAGCAGCAGGCGACGCCCGGUCACGCGCCGUUCGUUUCUUAACUCAAGCCUCUGUGACUAACCGCUUGAAAUACCCAGAUAUAUACACGCAUAUAUAUAGUUCGCCAUGGGACUAUUGAUUCGUAAGUGCAGGAAGUUCGCAGUGCAUUUCGCCGUUAAGGAGUUGCCGCCGGGACUAGACUGAAGAAAUUGCCGGAGAUUCCGCUUAUACGGAGAAAUCAUUACUGAACAAUGGCUUCCCUUACCGCCGACGUGUUGAAUUGCAUCGUCUACCGCUAUCUUCAGGAAUCAGGGUUUACGCAUUCUGCUUUUAACUUCCGCUUUGAGGCUGGCACCGACAAGUUCCCAUUUGAUGUCAAUUUGGUCCCACCAACAGCUCUGGUCACAAUCGUGCAGUUAGGACUUCAGUACAAGGAGAUGGAAGCAAAUGCCGAGAAUGACGUUGAUAUGGACUUCUGUGUGCUGCAACCUAUGGAUCUCAUCACAAAGGAUAUCGCUGAAUUGAAGAAACUUGUGAAGGGGAAGGGAAAGGGAAAGCUGAAUGUGGCCGGAGGAAAGGAUUUAGGAAAAGGAAAACAAGUAUCGAGCAGCCAUGUCAAAGGCAAGCCAACAGAGGAUCCCAAGAAAAAGGGUGUGCUUAUUUUAGGUGAUGAUGGAGUCAGGAGACGCAGCAAACGGUUGAAGAAAGUGCAUUGGGGUUGAGAAGCUACAGAAAAGUUGGCACUCGUGAAGAGCACAGGGGAGAUUUUGGACAAAAAAUUAAAAGGAUUUUUUUUUUUUUUUUUUU